GCAGGCAGCCAUGAAGGGCACACGAGAAGCAUCGCUGUUGGCAGCCAGGGAGUUCCUCAAGUUUCUGAACCGUGGUGUCUCCCCAUACCAUGUGGUUGAGGAGUGUAAGAAUCGUCUUCUUCAGGCCGGAUUCCAGGAGCUGAAGGAAACUGAACACUGGGACAUCAAACCCAACCACAAGUACUUUGUAACCCGCAAUUAUUCCACUUUGGUGGCCUUUGCCGUGGGGAGGGCAUUACCAGCAUGGAAACGGAUUUACCAUCCUUGGAGCCCACACGGACAGCCCGUGCCUGAGGGUAAAACGCAGGUCGACUCGUGGUCAAGCUGGCUACAUUCAGGUUGGGGUGGAGUGCUACGGUGGAGGAAUCUGGAGCACAUGGUUUGACCGGGAUCUGACAGUGGCAGGGAGAGUGAUCGUUAAGGAAGGGCACCGGCUGCAGCACGCCUGGUUUACGUGGAGCGCCCAAUCCUGCGCAUCCCUCACCUUGCAAUUCACCUUCAGAGGAACAUUAAUGAAAGUUUUGGACCCAAUACGGAGCAGCACCUGCUUCCGAUCCUGGCUUCCUCCAUACAAGAAGGUCUGGAAAAGGAACCCAUGGAUUCUGGGUCAUCCUGCCGCUCCACUACGGGGACCCAAAACCCGACGGAGCGCCAUCACUCUCUGCUGCUCAGUUUGCUGUGCGAAAGGCUCGGGGUGAAAGCUGAAUCCAUCCUGGAAAUGGAUCUGUGCCUGACCGACACACAACCCGCGACUCUAGGAGGAGCCUAUGAAGAGUUUAUCUUUGGACCACGCCUGGACAAUCUGCACAGCUGCUAUUGUGCCCUUCAGGCUCUUCUGAAAUCCUGUGAGUCAUCCACCUCUCUGACCAAUGACUCCAAUGUCAGGAUGAUCACGCUGUAUGACAACGAGGAGGUGGGAUCGGAGAGCGCGCACGGAGCAGAGUCACUUCUUACUGAGCUGAUCUUGCGUCGCAUUUCCUGCACCCCUCAGAAUCUGACUGCCUUUGAAGAAUCUGUGCCCAAAUCCUUUAUGAUCAGUGCUGAUAUGGCACACGCCGUGCAUCCUAACUACAUGGAUAAACAUGAGGAAAAUCACAGGCCACUUUUCCACAAGGGACCAGUCAUCAAAGUGAACAGCAACCAGCGCUAUGCCUCCACUGCCGUGACUGAAGCUGUGUUGCGUGAAAUUGCUGGGCGCGUUGGAGUGCCCCUGCAGGAGUUCAUGGUGAGAAAUGAUGUGCCAUGCGGUACAACUAUUGGGCCAAUCCUGGCCAGUAAGCUUGGCCUGCGAGUGCUGGACUUGGGCUGUCCUCAGCUGGCGAUGCAUUCCAUAAGAGAGAUGUGCUGCACCUCUGGGGUCCUGCAGACCAGCUCUCUGUUCCAGGCAUUCUUUGAACAAUACCCAGCUGUGAACAGCUCUCUGCUGGUGGAUUAA